UGGUUCCUGUUCCUGAGGGUCUGCUGCUCCACUCAGACUGUGACCUGAUGAGUCGGAGGAGGACGAGGGAGAAAGGCGGCCGACAGAGGAGGGUAGAAAACAGCAGGAGAGAGAGUGAGGAGCAGAAAAGGCACUGGAGGAGAGAAGGAGAAAGAGAAAGAGGAGAAAGCAAUGUGACGGUGCAGGAGGAGAGAAGAAGUGCGGACUCCAGAGGAGGAGAGAAGAGAUCGCAGAUGGUGACUUUCACGUGAGGAGGAGAAAAGAAAGCAGAGCUGAUGUGACUUUGGGGUAAAAAAACAAAAGAGGAGAUCUGGAGAAGGAGGAGAAGCAGAUGUUUGCAGAGAGAGAUUCAUUAGCACUUGAAGUGGGAUUGAGAAGCACAUCUGGUCCUGAUGAUGGGCUGCUGCCUCUUUGUUCACUACCGGAAGAAGAGGAAGCAGGCGAGCAGGGAUGCAGACUCCCUCAGUCUCUGCAGUCUGGACAUCAACGAGCCCAGCACCAAGCGCAGUAAGCCUGUCUCCCGGGGGACGUCUCUGGCCAACCUGCUGCCGCCCGUCAAGACGGCGCCGCUCAAGAGGAUCAGUGAGACGCUGCAGCGCUCCAUCAGUUUUCGUAAUGACAGCCGGACAGAGAGAGCUGCUCCUCCUCCUCCUCCUCCACCGCCUCCUCCCUCCUCCUCCUCCUCCUCCUCCACGAUGAAGACGCGUGUCACCUCGGCGACGCUCUCCGUCCCCUCCUCCUCUGUUACUGCGACCCGGGGUCCCACGGCAACAGCCCCAGCCGCCAAGCGCCGGGACAGCAAACUGUGGAGCGAGACGUUCGAUGUCCGACUGGGGGCGACACAACCGCUGAGCCCGAAGGAGAUCAAACGACAGGAGGCUAUAUUUGAGUUGGCUCAGGGCGAGCAAGACCUGGUGGAGGAUCUAAAAUUGGCAAAGAAGGCUUAUCGUGACCCGAUGCUGAAGUUGUCCAUCAUGACCGAGCAGGAACUGAACCAGAUCUUUGGAACCUUGGAUUCGCUGAUACCGCUGCACGAAGCUCUGCUCAGUUGCCUCAGAGAUGCCAGAAAACCGGACGGCUCCACCGAACAUGUGGGACACAUCCUGACUGACUGGCUGCCCUGUCUCUCCUCCUACACCCCCUACUGCAGCAACCAGGUGAAGGCCAAGGCCCUGCUGGACCAGAAGAAGCAGGACCGGCGGGUGCAGGACUUCCUGCAGCGCUGCCUCCAGUCGCCCUUCAGCAGGAAGCUGGACCUGUGGAACUUCCUGGACAUUCCCCGCAGCCGGGUGAUGAAAUAUCCCCUGCUGCUGAGGGAGAUCCUGAAGCACACCCCCCACGAGCACCCGGACCAGCAGCACCUGGAGGAGGCGAUGCUGAUGGUUCAGAGCGUGGUGGCCGACAUCAACAGGCGGACGGGGGAGUCGGAGUGUCAGUCCUUCAAAGAUCGUCUGCUGUACGCCGAGGUCGGACAGAGGAGCGAGCUCAUCGACCGGUCCAGGAGCCUCAGCUGCCACGGAGAGCUGAAGAACAACAGAGGACUCAAGCUCCAUGUCUUCCUGUUCCAGGACGUCCUGGUCAUCACCAGGUCCGUCUCGCUGAACGACCCCCCGGUCAGCUACCAGCUCUGCCGCCAGCCAAUCCCCAUCCGGCAGCUGGACCUGGAGGACCUAUCGGACGGAGAGAUGAGAGUGGGCGGGUCCAUCAGAGGCGCCUUCAGCAACAACGAGCGCACAAAGAACUUCUUCCGGGUUUCAUACCGCGCCGGAGGUCAGCUGCAGAGCCACAGCUUCCAGGCCAGCGACGCCUUCAACAAGCAGCAGUGGAUCAACUGCAUCAGGCAGGCCAAGGAGGCCGCGGCGCUGACCGGAGACCAGCCACCACGGACCGCCCCGUGUCCGGAGACGGGACUGGGGGGACAGAUUGGACCACUGGGUGGGACAGCGCUGAGUUUGCAAGGGGAUUCAGGGCAUGAAGAAGAAAAGGGGAUGUGGGGGCAGGCGGGUCUGGGUGGAGGGAAAGAUCUGAGUUUAAGUAAAGAGGAGGGGCCAGGUUUGUCUCAGGAAACAAUGACGGGUAAGGAGACGGAGACGGGUUUGAGGACAGGUGAGAUGGAGACAGGACAGCGUCUCUGUGAUGAGGCGGACGCCAGAGCAGACUGGAAGAUAGACGGAGGAGGAAGAGGAGGAGAAGGAGCGACUGUCAGCAAUGGUGUUCCCACCUUCCUCCUCUCCCCUGCUCCUCCACCUGAAGAGGAUGAGGAGGUGAUGGCCGGGGAGCGGAGUGACCCUAAGGAGGAGGAAGAGGUCGGCAUGGAAACGAGCGGGGGGGACUCCAUGGAGGAACUGUCCCUCAGGUGCUGAAACGAGGACCAGACAGAAGAAGGACUGGAACAGCAGCCAAUCAGACAAGGGACUUCAUGAUGAAGUCAAAGACAACAAUCAAACAAAGUUGUUACGACGCGUUUACCACACGGCACCUGCUGUAUCCUCACUGCUGGUAACCAUGGGAACCACUUACUCUGGACCACUGGGCCCAUGUUGGGAGGAUUUAAUGAGAAGUGGACGAUGCUCCAGACCUCCCAGUGAAAGUUGUUCCCCAGGGACAUGCUGCAAAAACAUUGUUCAGGCUUCCUCAGGUUGUUCACUGUAACUUCCCUCAGACUCCACACACACACACAC